AUGCUUUCUGUCACCUGCUCAGUUCUUGUGAUCUUAAUAUUCAGCAGGAGCAAUGGAGACUCAGUGACCCAGACAGGCCCGGUUACUGUCUCAGAGGGGGCACCUGUGAUCUUGAACUGCACUUACCAGACCACUUAUUCAAUUUCUGUCCUUUUAUGGUAUGUCCAAUAUCUCAAUAAAGCUCCUCAACUACUGCUGAAGAGCUCAACAGAAAACCAGAGGACAGAAGGUCAAGGUUUUCAGGCCAAUCAUGUGAAGAGUGACAGCUUUUUCUACCUGAAGAAACCCUCAGCGCAAAUGUCAGACUCGGCUGUGUACUACUGCGCUCUGAUAGACACCGUGCGAGGAGCUGCAGGGGGAGCCGAGCACAAACCCAGAAGGGCACAGGUGCGGCCUGAGUGGGUGAGCAGUAAACAGGAGGUGAGUCAGAAUCCUGAAGCUCUGAAUGUCCAUGAAGGAGAAAACUUGGUUCUCAACUGCAGUUACACCGAUAGUGCUAUUUACUUCCUUCAGUGGUUUAGGCAGGACGCUGGGAAAGCUCUCACAUCUCUGUUGUUAAUUCAGUCAAGUCAGACAGAGCAAACGAGUGGAAGAAUUAAAGCUUCGUUGGAUAAAUCAUCAAGACACAGUACUUUAUACAUUGGGACUUCUCAGCCUGGUGAUUCAGCCACUUACCUCUGUGCUGUGAGACACAGUGCACAGCAGACACCUGCAGCCAAUACCCAAACUCUACAGCUGAAGCGCCAGCCACAUGUCCUUCAUUGA